UUUUGUUGUUUUGUGUUUAACAAUUAAACAAUUUAAUGUUUUUUCAGAAAAUUUUGAAACAAUGCUAAGUUCUAUAAAAGUUAGAAAACUACAUAAUGACGAUUUAUUUUACAAAAAAGUUGACAUUUCUGAAAGAGAAAAUUUAACAAUAUACAUGUACUCUUUAACAAACGAUGAAGAACAAUUAUUAGACAAAAAUUUAAAUGUAUUUUACAUUUACAUAAACUGCAAAAGUGUUAACUACGAAAACCAAAGGUACGCUGAUAGAUUAUUUGGAACAAGUUCAACAAUCGUACGACAUGGAAAGUAUAUACGAUUAUCAGAAGAAUGUUUUAACUGCAAUCAUAAAACUACUAUACAAAUUAGUCAUAUUGCUAGACACAGAUUCCUUUAUUAAUAAUAAUCUUGAAAUUAAAAGAUAUGUUAGUAUUCUAGAUGACAUAUUAAAAACAACUGCGGAUGUUCCAAUAGAAUAUACUAAUUAUAUAAAUAAAUUGUCAAACUUAUUUCAUGAAGCAUAUAAUAAAAAUGAUUUUAUUGAAAACAUUACGAAUUAUAAUGAUUCACUUAGCAGUACAAUUGUAUUAGAUUACUCUAGACUUACUAAGAUUAACGAUGUUGAAAAUAAAUUGAUGGGAACUUUAGCUGUGCUAAGACAAAACAUUAAAGAACUUCAUUGUUUUAAUCAGUAUUUUAAACAACUUCAUGUUGAACACAACAGAUAUUACACACCAUUCGCGAAAAGUACAAUGAUAAUUGAAACCAUGAAAGAAAGUGAAAAAAUCUAUAUGGAAUCAUUCUGCGACUUUACCAUCAAUAUAUAUAAACUAUGUUUCGGAAUUACUAUACUUAAUAAUAAAAGUGCCAGUUCAGAGCAGAAUAAUAAUAUAUUUUAUAAUGAGCUAUGGAAUGAUUUUCAGGAAAUCAAAGAAUAUUUAUUUAUAUUAAUCAGGAAAAUAGAAACAAAAAAUACGGAGCUCUUCAGAAUUGCAAGUAAUAUAAUCAUUAUUUUGGUAAACCGGGAUAACUGUUGUAACGUUUCUAGUGAUAUAAAACGACUAGCGCAUAUAAUUAUGAAUGAAUUGAAUAGGUAUGGAAUUAAAUACUGUAAACCAGACAGAUAUACAUUUUUGUUUUUUAAUAAUAUAUAUUAUAGUGAAUUUGGAAAUAAAAACUUCAUCGCUAGAGAUAUAAAACAAUUUUUGACUGGUCUUUCGGAUAAACAAAGUGGUAUUGAAUAUAAUUAUAAUCAUUAUAAUUUAAAGUUCUUGUGUCAAAAUUUUGUUGAAAACUCUAAAGUUUUCCCUUAUUAUAAAAAUCGAAUAAUAGUUUACUGGAAAGGAGAAAAGAUUAAUAUUGAAGAAUUUAGUGGUGUCGAUAAAUUGUUCAUAUUAAACCCUGAAUUUUUAUAUGGAUUUUAUGAUAUUUAUUUCAAAUAUUAUGUUGCUGCGUAUUUUUAUGAAAUAAUAAAUUUGCGUAAUAUAAUAACAAAUAAAAAUUACAAAUUGGAGAAAAAUAUAACAACCACAUUUAAAGAAGAAGAAUUUCCAGAAGGUCUGAGGUCAUUUAUAGUUAAAAUCAAAGGCUUAUUAGCCAAAUUAUUAUUAACAAUGAAAUGUGAUGAUGAAAUCAAAGUUAAAUUGGAAUCUAAAGUUAAUAAUUUGUUUCAAAAUAUUGAAUUACAAUUUAAAGAGUUUGGUUUUGUUUUUGAUUACAAGUGGGAACAAAUUGAAGAUAAUACAAUCAAUAAAUUUAUGAUCAUAUCACAGGAAAUAUCUUCUAAAGUAAAAGAAUUUCAUGAUAAUUAUUACUCAUUAGUUAAUCCUAAACCAUAAUUGAUUGUAUAAAAAAUAAAUUACCGCUUCUAAUCUCUUUAAUAUCGAUAUUUUUUAGUAUAUUAAAAAUAUUUCAAAUCCGGAAAUUCCGUAUUUACAUAAAUAUAAAUGAAUGUAUUUAUUUUAUAUUAUUGUGUAUUCAAUUAAAAAUACUUCGGGUAUACUUUGUACCUAUAAGUA